UACAAUUUGUUUAUAAAUAACCUUAAAGUGAACUAAUAAAAGUUAUAUGUAAUAAGUGAAAAAUUACUGAAACAUAAUAUUAAGUUGAGUUAAAUGAAUGAAAAAAGUUGAUUCCUUUUGUAACGUAACAGCCUAGACAACUCGGAAAUGGCGCCAAUAGCAAAUAAUUCACUGCAAGACACAGACUCUGGAUCUGAUUCCGAAAGUGGCUCCAGUCGUAGUGGCAGUCGCAGUAAAAGCCGAAGUCCUGCACCCUCUGGCAAAGAAGGCAGUCAGUCGAGGUCCGUGUCUCGUAGCCCACCUCGGUCAGGCAGUGAAUCACCAAAAUCGCAUCACUCUGCCCGUUCUAAAAGAUCAUCAAAUGGUUCACGAAGUAAAUCAAACUCUCCAGCGGGAUCUAAUAGAUCAGGCUCAGCUCAGAGCAAUAAGUCAGGCUCAUCGAGUCCUAAGUCUCAAGCUUCAAGACGGCAAUCAAGAUCUAGAAGUGGCUCAGCCAGUGGCCGGUCAAGGUCGGGUAGUCCAAAGUCUGGGGCACAGACUCCAAGAUCUCGAUCUCAUAGCCCAAAAUCCAGAUCACAAAGUCCAAAAUCUAGGUCCCAAAGUCCUAAAUCACAAACAGCCAAAGGCCGUUCCCGCUCCAAAUCAGCUACUGGUAGUCCAAGAAAAUCAAGAUCAAGGAGUAAGUCAUUCCAGUCAAAGAGCCCAGUUCAAAGGCAGGAUGUUCAGGACAGCAGAUCCAACUCACCGAAUCUAAUGAUUGAUGAUGAACAAUCAAAAGGGAGAUCUAGGAGUAGAUCAAGGUCAGGUUCGAGGCGUUCAAGAUCUAAGUCACGAAGUAAAUCCAAAUCAAAAAGCCGUUCACGAUCACGCUCAAAAAGUUCAAAUGCUUCAGCAGAGAUAGGCGAGAAGAAAAAACGCGCGGUCCUCUCGGAUUCCGAAAGCGAUGGCGGUGAAAAGACUUCCAAAAGAAAGAAAGAGACAGCGGACAGCGGGUCUGAUACCAGCGGAAAGCCUAAAAAGAAGACGAAGAUAUUAGAUGAUGGUUCUGAUGUAGAAAACGAAAAUAAGGCAGAUAAUGUGACCGCUGACGCGUUGUUCGGUGACGCGUCAGACAUAAGCACAGAAGAUGAAGAACAGAAAGAUCAAGACAAGCGUUCCGAUCGGUCGCGUUCGAGAAGUAGGUCUGAAGAUAGACGAUCCGAAGAUCGUAGAAGUGGUGAUGAGCAGGAAGUUCGCGAAAAGCCCGAAGAGGAAGAGGAAAUCGAGGUUCCGGAGACGAGGAUCGAUGUGGACAUGCCCAAGAUAUGGACGGAAUUGGGGAAGGAAUUGCACUUUGUCAAACUACCCAACUUUUUGUCGGUCGAUACGAGGCCUUAUGAUCCUAACACGUACGAAGAUGAAAUCGAUGAAGAGGAGACCCUGGAUGAGGAAGGUCGUGCCAGAUUAAAGCUGAAAGUCGAGAACACGAUACGAUGGCGGACGGUGUUCGAUAAGGAAGGCAACGCGGUGAAAGAGUCCAACGCGCGCAUGGUGAAGUGGUCGGACGGCAGCAUGUCGCUGCACCUCGGCGCCGAGAUAUUUGACGUGUACAAACAACCUUUACACGGCGACCACAACCACCUAUUCGUCCGCCAAGGCACCGGGCUGCAGGGCCAGGCGGUGUUCCGCACGAAGCUCUCGUUCAGGCCGCACUCGACGGAGUCCUUCACCCACCGAAAGAUGACGCUGUCGCUGGCGGACCGCUCCAGCAAGACGUCCGCGAUCAAGAUACUGUCGCAGGUCGGGGCCGAUCCCGACGCCGACAGGAAGUACCAGCUCAAGAAAGAGGAGAUGGAGCUCCGCGCUGCCAUGCGGUCCCGCGCUUCGACGCGGCCCAAGCGACGAGCGGGAGCGGCUAGAGCGCGACACGACGACUCCGACGACGACGGCGCCGUCUCACUGCAGGCUAUUAAGAACAAAUACAAACAGGGACAGAAAGCGUCGGCCGGAGCGGCGAUCUACUCGUCAGAAUCGGACGCUUCCGACGUAGAGACGCGUCGCGCUCGUCGCUUGGACCGCGCCAAAGCGCUCAAGGACUCGGACGACGAGGGAAGCGACGCGGGCGGCGCUGGGGACUCGCAACCCAGAAGCGGCAGCGGCAGCGGAAGCGGAAGCGCCAGCGGGAGCGAGUAGACUGUUAUUCAAGUACUUUAACUUGUGUAACUUUGUUUCUCUGUAAUUAUAGCUAAAUAAAAUUGUAACUCGAAUGAGAUUAAACUACAAAAGUUUUAUUAAAUCUACGUUAGUU